AUUUCUCUUGGCCAUGCACUUCUGAGUGUUCUGCUGAGGAACGAUGGGAGGUCAGCCCAGCAGAGGGAAAACCCAGCCAAGCCCAAGCUCGAGCCCCUCUGUCCAAGAACCGGGCCCUGUGCCCAUGCAAGCAGAGAGAAGCAGGGCCACAGCCGUGGCCCUGGGCAGUUUCCCGGUCGGCGAGCACACAGAGCUGUCACUGAGACUGGGGGAUCCGUUGACCAUCAUCUCUGAAGAUGGAGACUGGUGGACGGUGAUGUCAGAAGUUUCAGGCACAGAAUACAGCAUCCCCAGCAGUCACGUGGCCAAAAUCUCCCACGGGUGGCUGUAUGAGGGCCUGAGCCGGGAGAAAGCUGAAGAACUGCUGUUGCUGCCUGGAAACUCUGGAGGGGCCUUCCUCAUCCGGGAGAGCCAGACCAGGAAAGGUUGUUACUCCCUGUCAGUCCGCCUUAGCCGCCCUGCAUCGUGGGACCGGAUCAGACACUACAGGAUCCAGUGCCUUGAUAAUGGCUGGCUGUAUAUCUCACCACGCCUCACCUUCCCUUCACUCCAGGCCCUAGUGGAUCACUAUUCUGAGCUGGCGGAUGACAUCUGCUGCCUCCUCAAGGAACCCUGUGCCCUGCGGAGGGCUGGCCCACUCCCUGGCAAGUCCAUACCCCUACCUGUGACUGUGCAGAGGGCGCCACUCAAUUGGAAAGAGCUGGACAGCUCCCUCCUGUUCUCUGAAGCACCUGCCUUAGGGGAGUCCCCUCUCCUCAGCGAGGGGCUCCGGGAGGCCAUCAGCUCCUAUAUCAGCCUGACUGAUGACAGCUCCCUGGAUGAUGCCAUGGCCCAAAGCAGAGGCCAAAAGGGAAUACAACGCUGCAGCACCUAGACCCCCAGCUCAGCUCAGUCUGAGCACUCCAAAGGCAA